CUACUCCAUGCCGCCGGAAGCGGAAAUAGGCCGGACGCUGCCGGAGCACCGGUAACUGCCACCGCGAUGCCGAAGGGGCCCAAGCAGCAGCCGCCGGAACCCGAGUGGAUCGGGGACGGAGAGAGCACGAGCCCCGCAGACAAAGUGGUGAAGAAAGGGAAGAAGGACAAGAAGACCAAAAAGACGUUCUUUGAAGAACUGGCAGUAGAAGAUAAACAGGCUGGGGAGGAAGAGAAAGUGCUCAGAGAGCGGGAGAAGGAGCAGCAGCAGCAGCAGCAGCAGCAGCAGGUACAGCAGCAGAAAAAGAAGCGAGACGCCCGGAAAGGCCGGCGGAAGAAGGAUGUGGAUGACGAUGGAGAGGAGAAGGAGCUCAUGGAGCGCCUCAAGAAGCUGUCGGUGCCGGCCAGCGAUGAGGAGGACGAGGCGCCUGCCCCAGCACCCCGAGGAGGGAAGAAGAACAAGGGUGGGAAUGUUUUUGCAGCCCUGAUUCAAGAUCAGAGUGAGGAAGAGGAGGAGGAAGAAAAGCGCCCUCCUAAGCCUGCCAAGCCAGAGAAGAAUCAGAUCAAUAAGGUUGUGUCUGAAGAACAACGGCCAGGUCUCAAAGGCAAAAAAGGAAAGGAAGAGAAGUCAAAAGGCAAAGCUAAGCCUCAGAAUAAGUUUGUUGCUCUGAACAAUGAAGAGGAAGAAGAAGAAGAAGAAGUAACGAAAGAAAAGGAGCCUCCCAAACAAGGGAAGGAGAAGGCCAAGAAAACAGAGCGGGGUUCAGAGGACGAAGGGGAGGAAGAAGAGGAGGAGGAGGGGGAGCCUAAGGCAGAUGAUCCGUAUGCUCACCUCAGCAAAAAGGAGAAGAAAAAGCUGAAGAAGCAGAUGGAAUAUGAGCGCCAGGUGGCUUCUCUGAAAGCAGCGAAUGCGGCCGAAAACGACUUCUCCGUUUCCCAAGCGGAGGUGUCCUCCCGACAGGCCAUGUUAGAGAACGCGUCUGACAUCAAGCUAGAAAAGUUCAGCAUCUCUGCCCACGGCAAGGAAUUGUUUGUCAACGCGGACCUGUACAUUGUAGCCGGCCGCCGCUACGGGCUGGUGGGCCCCAACGGCAAGGGCAAGACCACACUCCUCAAGCACAUUGCCAACCGUGCCCUGAGCAUCCCUCCCAACAUCGACGUGCUGCUGUGUGAGCAGGAGGUGGUCGCGGAUGAGACUCCAGCCGUGCAGGCUGUUCUUCGAGCCGACACCAAGCGACUGAAACUGCUGGAAGAGGAGCGCCGGCUUCAGGGACGGCUGGAGCAAGGGGACGACACAGCCGCCGAGAUGCUGGAGAAGGUGUACGAGGAAUUGCGGGCCACCGGGGCAGCGGCUGCAGAGGCCAAAGCAAGACGGAUUCUGGCUGGUCUGGGCUUUGACCCUGAAAUGCAGAAUCGGCCCACCCAGAAGUUCUCGGGGGGCUGGCGUAUGCGUGUCUCCUUGGCCAGGGCACUGUUCAUGGAGCCCACGCUGCUGAUGUUGGAUGAGCCCACCAACCACCUGGACCUCAACGCCGUCAUCUGGCUCAAUAACUACCUCCAGGGCUGGCGGAAGACGCUGCUGAUCGUCUCCCACGACCAGGGCUUCCUGGAUGACGUCUGCACAGACAUCAUCCAUCUGGACGCACAGCGGCUGCAUUACUACAGGGGCAAUUACAUGACCUUCAAGAAGAUGUACCAGCAGAAGCAGAAGGAGCUGCUGAAGCAGUACGAGAAGCAGGAGAAGAGGCUGAAGGAGCUGAAGGCGGGCGGCAAGUCCACCAAGCAGGCGGAAAAGCAAACGAAAGAAGCCCUGACUCGAAAGCAGCAGAAAUGCCGGCGGAAGAACCAGGAUGAGGAGUCCCAGGAGGCCCCCGAGCUCCUGAAGCGCCCCAAGGAGUACACCGUGCGCUUCACGUUCCCGAACCCGCCGCCCCUCAGCCCGCCCGUGCUGGGUCUGCACGGUGUGACAUUUGGCUACGAGGGGCAGAAACCACUGUUUAAGAAUCUGGAUUUUGGCAUCGACAUGGACUCGAGGAUCUGCAUCGUGGGCCCUAACGGCGUGGGGAAGAGCACACUGCUCCUGCUGCUGACUGGCAAGCUGACGCCGACCCGCGGGGAAAUGAGAAAGAACCACCGGCUGAAAAUUGGCUUCUUCAACCAGCAGUAUGCAGAGCAGCUGCACAUGGAGGAGACGCCCACUGAGUACCUGCAGCGCAGCUUCAACCUGCCCUACCAGGAUGCCCGCAAGUGCCUGGGCCGCUUUGGCCUCGAGAGCCACGCCCACACCAUCCAGAUCUGCAAGCUCUCUGGGGGGCAGAAAGCCCGAGUGGUGUUUGCAGAGCUGGCCUGUCGGGAGCCUGAUGUCCUCAUCUUGGAUGAGCCUACCAAUAACUUGGACAUAGAGUCCAUCGAUGCUCUGGGUGAGGCCAUCAACGAGUACCAGGGUGCUGUGAUCGUCGUCAGCCACGAUGCUCGCCUCAUCACGGAAACCAACUGCCAGCUGUGGGUGGUGGAGGAGCAGAGCGUUAGCCAGAUUGACGGCGACUUCGAGGACUACAAACGGGAGGUGUUGGAGGCCCUGGGUGAGGUCAUGGUCAGCCGGCCGCGAGAGUGAGCUUCCGGCGCGCAGCGUCCCGAGAGACCAGCGGACGCGGGCCGGAAGCCCCCGUCAUCGCCCGCCUCUGGGCCGCAGCUCACCCAGCGACCAGUCGGGCAGCUGGAGGUAGAGUGUGGCCUCGGGCCACCAGGAUACCACUGGAUUGCGUCCGUUCUCCCUGAAAGACUUGCCUGGUGGACACCCCUGCAGGCAGCUGUGCUGGCCUCGUCUGUGAGUCCCUCCGCACAGAGCUUACUCCUGCAGUGGGCUCCAGCAGCCUCGCUCGCCUGGCCUGGCGUCUCGAGACUCAGUGCUCAGAAACCUGCCUCUGGGCCACCUUAAAGCUCCGGCGCAGCUGCACCUGGGCUCGAGUGCUGCUGUCCUCUCCUGGGGGUCCCGUGCUGACUGUGUGAUGCUGGCAGCUCGUGGAGCUCAGCUGGACGGGGCGCCUACAGCCGCUUGUCUCUUGGGACCUGGAGCAGUGAACGCUGCCGCCCUCUGAUCGCCCUCUGCAGGGCAGGAAAUAAAAGGCAUCGCUGCCACCCUGUC